GCCUGCCUGUGCACACAGCCUACUAGCUGUAAUCCCGAGCCCUCUCUCCCCCCCGCCCUCCCGGGAGGAUGGGAUGCAAGAGGCAGGAGGGCAGCCCCAAACCUUCCUAGAGCUGGGCAAACAAAGGGAGCAGCAGCAGCCGGGCUGGGGUGGAUGCAAGCAACCAUGAAAGGCUGGGUCUCCGCCUCCUCUGCUGCUGCUGCCGCCGGAGAGCUGCUGGCUGCUGCCGAUGAGCAGAGGACUACACUGUGAAGGGAGGAGGCGGAGAGGCGUGAUUGGCUUUGCCUUGCUAAGGUAGAAGGUGUAAGGGAAAAGGCAGAAAUAAAAAUGUCUUCUUCGGUGGGGCCCCGCGGCCCUCGCCCACCCACGGUGCCUCCCCCGAUGCAGGAGCUGCCCGACCUGAGCCACCUGACAGAGGAGGAGAGGAACAUCAUUAUGGCAGUGAUGGACCGGCAGAAAGAAGAGGAAGAGAAGGAAGAGGCCAUGCUCAAGAGGUUGCAUCAACAAUUUGAAAGUUAUAAAGAGCAAGUAAGAAAAAUAGGUGAAGAAUCCCGCCGCUACCAGGGAGAGCACAAGGAUGAUGCACCAACGUGCGGAAUCUGUCUUAAAACAAAGUUUGCUGAUGGCUGUGGCCAUUUAUGCUCUUACUGCCGGACCAAGUUUUGUGCCCGAUGUGGAGGUCGUGUUUCUCUACGAUCAAACAAUGAGGACAAAGUGGUUAUGUGGGUAUGCAAUUUAUGUCGAAAGCAACAAGAAAUCUUAACAAAGUCUGGAGCAUGGUUUUUUGGAAGUGGUCCACAGCCGCCAAGCAGUCAGGAUGGAGCACUGAGUGAUACAGCUACUGGUGGAAGCUCUGUUGCACCUAGAGAAAAGAAAGCAAGGCUUCAGGAGCGUUCCAGAUCUCAAACUCCCUUAAGUACAGCAGCUGCCUCAUCACAGGAAAUCUCUUCUUCCAGUGUGCAGUCUGACAGGAGGAAAGGAGCAGAAUUAUCACAGCAAGCUAUGGGCCUGGAACAAAAGCAAGCUUCAUCAAGGUCUAGAAGUGAACCCCCGAGAGAGAGGAAGAAGACCGCACUGAUUUCAGAACAAAAUGGAAAAGUAGGUCUAAAAAGCGAGCGUAAACGUGUGCCAAAGUCUUCACUUCAACAAGGACAGGCAGAUGACAGGGAACGUAAAGAAAGGCAUGAAAGUAGAAGGCUGGAGAAAGGAAGGUCACAGGACUACCCAGACUUGCCAGAAAAACCCGAGGAAGGCAAGGUAGCGGAUGAGGAAAAACAAAGGAAAGAAGAUGAGUAUCACACUCGGUAUAGGAGUGACCCAAAUCUGGCAAGGUAUCCUGUGAAGCCACAUCCUGAGGAACAACAGAUGCGUAUGCAAGUUAAAUUUUCUAAAGCACGGCAUGAAAGAAGACACAGUGAUGUAGCUUUGGCACAUACGGAAGUGGAGGAAGCAGAGGUACCUGAGAAUAAAUUAGGAAAACGCUCACAGUUACAGGGAACUCAGGACAGAAAAUCUCUUUUGGAAACUCAGAGAUCAUACUCUAUAGAAAGACCAGGUGAUGUAAGAAUUUCGGUUUCUAAACAAUUAGCUAAUCAUAGUCCACCAACUCCCAGACAUAGUCCAGUUCCUACAGAACACCUAGAAUCCAAGAACCAUGAUUCCUUUAAAAAACAAAGUCGCCUUGAUCCUAGCUCUGCUAUUCUCAUGCGAAAAGCAAAGCGGGAGAAAAUGGAGACCAUGCUAAGGAAUGAUUCCCUUAGUUCUGAUCAAUCAGAAUCAGUGCGGCCAUCCCCUCCAAAACCUCAUAGAUCAAAAAGAGGUGGAAAGAAAAGGCAGAUGUCGGUCAGUAGCUCAGAAGAAGAAGGGGCAUCAACACCAGAAUAUACUAGCUGUGAAGAUGUGGAAAUAGAAAGUGAAAGUGUUAGUGAAAAAGGUGACUUGGAUUAUUACUGGCUGGAUCCUGCCACGUGGCACAGUAGAGAGACAUCCCCUAUUAGUUCGCAUCCUGUAACGUGGCAACCAUCUAAAGAGGGAGAUCGCUUAAUUGGACGUGUUAUUCUUAACAAGAGAACUACCAUGCCAAAAGAGUCAGGUGCAUUACUGGGGCUAAAAGUUGUUGGAGGAAAAAUGACAGAUUUAGGACGACUUGGUGCCUUCAUUACCAAAGUAAAGAAGGGUAGUCUAGCUGAUGUGGUGGGACAUCUAAGAGCAGGGGAUGAAGUUCUAGAAUGGAAUGGUAAACCCCUACCUGGAGCUACAAAUGAAGAAGUUUACAACAUUAUUUUAGAAUCAAAAUCAGAACCUCAAGUUGAAAUUAUUGUUUCAAGGCCUAUUGGUGACAUUCCAAGGAUUCCUGAGAGUUCCCAUCCUCCACUAGAGUCUAGUUCAAGUUCUUUUGAAUCUCAGAAGAUGGAAAGGCCUUCUAUUUCUGUUAUUUCUCCAACUAGUCCUGGAGCUCUAAAAGAUGCACCACAAGUCCUACCAGGGCAGCUUUCUGUGAAACUGUGGUAUGACAAAGUGGGGCAUCAGUUAAUAGUAAAUGUUCUACAAGCAACAGAUCUGCCACCUAGAGGAGAUGGGCGUCCCAGGAAUCCUUAUGUAAAAAUGUAUUUUCUUCCAGAUAGAAGUGAUAAAAGUAAAAGGAGGACCAAAACAGUAAAGAAAAGCCUAGAACCAAAAUGGAACCAAACUUUUCUCUAUUCACAUGUACAUCGUAGAGAUUUUAGAGAACGAAUGUUAGAAAUAACCGUAUGGGACCAGCCAAGAGUACAAGAAGAAGAGAGUGAAUUUCUUGGAGAGAUCCUUAUAGAGCUGGAGACAGCACUUUUAGAUGAUGAACCACAUUGGUAUAAGCUGCAGACACAUGAUGAAUCCUCACUACCUCUGCCUCAGCCAUCACCUUUCAUGCCACGGAGACAUGUCCAUGGUGGAGAAAGCACUAGCAAAAAAUUACAAAGAUCUCAGCGAAUCAGUGAUAGUGACAUCUCAGAUUAUGAUGUUGAUGAUGGUAUUGGAGUAGUUCCUCCAGUAGGUUAUAGAUCUAAUACUAGAGAAAGUAGAUCUACAACGUUAACUGUGCCAGAACAGCAAAGAACAACACAUCAUCGUUCACGAUCUGUAUCUCCUCACCGUGGUGAUGAUCAGGGCAGGACCCGUUCACGUUUACCAAAUGUGCCAUUACAGAGGAGUUUAGAUGAAAUUCAUCAAAUGAGAAGAUCACGUUCUCCAACUAGACACCAUGAUGCCUCCCGAAGUCCAGUUGAUCGCAGGUCCAGAGAAAUGGAUAGUCAGUAUUUGUCAGAUCACGAAAGUGAGCUUCUUAUGCUGCCCAGAGCAAAACGAGGAAGAAGUGCAGAGUGCCUACAUACCACCAGAAAUUCUGUUAGGCACUAUAAAACAUUACCACCCAAGAUGCCUUUACUAGAGAAUGGUUCUCACUGGAAUAUUUACAGCUCAACUCUGCCUGCAUGUGCUAAAACCAAAUCAGUGAUUAGACAGGAUAUUUCGCUUCUUCGUGAUUGCCUUAAUGCACAAAUACCGAGAUUUACAGAUGAACUAUUGGUUAGUGAACUACAGCCCUCCCUUGACAGGGCUAGGAGUGCUAGUACCAACUGCUUGAGACCAGAUACUAGUUUGCAUUCACCAGAACGAGAAAGGGGUAGAUGGUCCCCCUCCCUAGAGAGGAGACGACCUACUAGUCCCAGGAUUCAUAUCCAGCAUGCAUCUCCGGAGGAUGACAGAACAAGGACGCUGGAGUCUUGCAUUCCAAAACAAGACAGUAUAAACCACCUAAGUGCUAAACCUGGAGCAACACAGAGGCAAUCCAGAAAAGUGGAAAGAUAUAACAGCCAAAAACAGACUAGGAAAGACUCCGCAUCUGAAACAGAAAGGGUUCUGCUACCAUGUCUUUCUAGAAGGGGACUUCCAACCCCAAGAACAACUGAGCAGCCAGUCAUUAGGGGAAAACAUCACACUCGCUCAAGGUCGAGUGAGCAUUCUAGUAUCAGACCAUUAUGCUCUGUACAUCAUCUAGUUCCAGGAGGGUCGGCGCCACCUUCUCCACUUCUGACAAGAAUACACCAACAAGGAAGUCCAACUCAGUCACCUCCUGCAGACACAUCAUUCAGCAGUCGUAGGGGAAGACAGCUUCCGCAAGUUCCAGUAAGAAGCAGCAGUGUAGAGCAAGAACAAGAGAAUUAUAACUCUUCCUCAAAAGCAAGCUUAGUAGUGGAGGAACAAACGCGACAGAUGAAAAUGAAAGUGCAUCGUUAUAAUCAGACAACAGGGUCUGGUUCUAGCCAAGAAUAUGAGCGUGAGCAAUAUACCAAGUAUAACAUACAAACAGAUCAGUACAGAAGUUGUGAUAACGUCUCUGCCAAAUCAUCAGAUAGUGAUGUGAGUGAUGUGUCAGCCAUUUCCCGUACCAGCAGUGCCUCACGCCUCAGCAGCACAAGCUUUAUGUCAGAGCAAUCUGAGCGCCCUAGGGGCAGAAUCAGGUCAAAGUCCUUAGAGAUCUGCAAAAAUGAUGGCAAAAGAGAAAGAAGGAUAUCAUGGGAAUUAGAUGACCAAACGGGGCAGAGUGAAAAGAAAUUGGAUAUGGAAGACAAGAAAAAGAGAAGGCAUUCUGUUGCUGAUUUGAGUACGUUUACCCCUAAAAUGCAAGGCAGACGGAUGGGGACUUCAGGGAGAACCAUCACAAAAAGCACAAGUGUGAGUGGAGAGAUGUACAAACUGGAACAUAAUGAUGGGAGUCAAUCAGACACUGCUGUCGGGACAGUUGGAACAGGUGGGAAGAAAAGACGAUCCAGCCUCAGUGCCAAAGUGGUUGCCAUAGUAUCUCGAAGGAGCAGAAGCACAUCCCAACUUAGCCAAACAGCCUAAUAUUCCCUGGAGUGCGGCUGGGUGCUGACAGUCAAUUUAGUGAUUUCCUUGAUGGCCUUGGACCUGCACAGUUAGUAGGUCGACAGACACUAGCAACCCCUGCUAUGGGUGAUAUUCAGAUUGGAAUGGUGGAUAAAAAAGGCCAGUUAGAAGUAGAAGUCAUUAGAGCCCGAGGCCUCACGCAAAAACCUGGCUCCAAAUCUACACCAGCUCCCUAUGUCAAAGUAUACCUGUUGGAAAAUGGAGCCUGUGUAGCCAAGAAAAAGACAAGAAUUGCACGGAAAACACUUGAUCCUCUGUACCAACAGACACUGGUUUUUGAUGAAAGUCCACACGGUAAAGUCCUUCAGGUGAUAGUUUGGGGAGACUAUGGCCGAAUGGAUCACAAAUGCUUCAUGGGUGUUGCACAGAUCCUUCUGGAGGAACUUGAUCUAUCCAGUGUAGUAAUAGGAUGGUAUAAAUUAUUUCCACCCUCAUCACUAGUGGAUCCAACCUUGACUCCCCUGACCCGCAGGGCUUCCCAGUCAUCUCUGGAAAGUUCAACUGGGCCUCCGUGCAUUAGAUCAUAGUGAACUUAUAGCAGAUGCUAUCUAAUAAAAAUGUUACCACCCAAGAUAACAAUCAGAACCAGAUUCUUAUAUGAUCAAAAGCAUUGUUGGAGAGAGACAAUCACUUCUGUUUUGCCUGUAGUAGUUAUCCAAAAAUAUGUCUGAAUUAUUUGUUAAAAGAUGGCUUAAAUUAACAGAACAAAAUAGUAUAUCAAAUACAGUAAGUCAAUCUACUAGUGACAGUCACUGAUGCUUAUUACAAUUUUUAAAAAGAGCGGGACCUUUAGAUUAGAAUAAAAUGAAAAAACAAUACAAAACUGGAAGCUCUCACUCUGUUAAGUGUUGUAUUUUUUCACAUUUUGACAGAGCCCACAAGCAGUGUUAACUUCCUGGUGUUUCAGCAGUUUUUCUGUACUUGUUACUUCCACUAGUUUUUUUGCUGUGUGAUUCUGCCAGUUUUGUAAAAGUCCUCACAAUGCUAACAGAGACCCUUCCUUUCGUUUUCUAAACCAAACAAAAAAGGGCUGAAGUAUAUCUCUGUAAGUAUCCCUUCAAGUGUUCAGCAGCCAGAAUUACCAUACAUGAUGCCACUAAGGUUCUCAUUGUUUCUUAGUUCUGGUUCUUCCAAGUCUUUCAGUUGAAAACCCAGAACAAAUGACCAAUCAAGAUUAUUUCAUUAACAACAACACCAACAACAAAAUCACAGUGCUAGUUUUUCUUUGUAAAAAGCAAAUAUGUUUGCAUUAUAUAUAAUGUUUUUUAUGUUUUAUGAUGUUUUGCAUGGAAGAGUUUUGAAGAAAUCUAUCUGCAGCUCAUGCUGGGGACUGAUAAAAGCAGCUUUAGUCUUAAUUUUGACACUGAAAAUAUUACUGGUAAUGCAGUUUUCUUCUUAGACUCAGAGAGGAGAUAUUUACGUUCACGUGUACAAAUGUAUAUUUGACUUCCCAAAAUGUUGACCAGGAUUGGGGUUGAGCAUAUGACACUUUCAGCUGUACCCAGGCUUCUCUGAUAUGUGUCACUUUAGACACACAUGUCUGCCCUGGAUAGAGCAUGGUAUGAGUUGUUCAGUAUUUCACUGGAAAUUCCAGUUGAAAUAUUCUGCACUUACUAAUGUUUUUAUCAAAUUUUAGUUUACAUUUCUUUGAGAUUGAUGCAAGCACAAAGCUUGAUUUUUUAACGCAAGAUAUCUUACUUUUUUGGUAAAAAAAAAAUCAAAUUUCAAUCUGCAUUUUAUUCAUUUGAGUUCUUCUUGGCCUUGAAAUCCCAUGUGAUUUACUGUAAAUGUGCUAAAAACUGCAGACUCUGCUGGUUCAAUGAUAUGUUUUCCCUCCUUUUACAGGCCAUUCAAUUUUGUGAGCACACACACAAAUAGGGCAGCAUGACUUGGAACUGUUCAAAGCUGCAUGCACGUUUUGUAAAAAGAAGCAAAAAGAUUAUUUAAUAAUGUAUGUUAGUUCCACAUAGGCCAGCUUGUAUGUUGCAUGUUCUUGUACAGUUUGCUCGUAAUUACUAUACUGAAGUAACCAAGAAAUCUAAGCCAUCCAUUUUUCUUAUAGACAUUUUGCAGGUUUUAGCCAGGCAAAGUCUGUUAGUCUGGUGCUAAAUGUCUAUAGAUGGACUUUAUUUUUUACCCUAUGGAAAACGUGAUGUAGUAUGGACCAAAUUCCUUCUAAUAAAUAUUUUGGUGUAGAUUCCUACUGUGGGGCUGUAACACAUGUAGAAACUCUGUGCACACUAGGUUUUAAUUCAUAGACAUACUGCCUGCACCAAGUGAACUAUUUAUUAUUAUUUAACAUGCCGGAACUAUUCUGCCCAGGGUUCCAUAGGGCACAGAUUGAUUACUGCUCGACCUGCUGAGCAGGAAGAACUGAAGCAUUGGUGCACUACUACUAGAUUCUGUUCUGUCUUAGUGGCCAAAAAUCAAUUAAUUAUAAUUCGGUAGUAUCUUUCUAUUUUGACCACUUGUCUUAACACUCCCCUGUGCUUUUAAAUGAACUCCUAACUCAUGUUAUGUAAACAUGUUUAAUAAAAUUUCCUUUUCAUGUCCA